UUUCUAUGUUGAGGUGGCAGAAGCAAGAACAUACCAUUUCAAGCAAAAACCAAUAACCAAACCAACCCAAAAACAAAGAAAGAAAAAAAAAAUUGCAGAUAUUUUCAUUGCCUUCGCCUGCUCUGGAAAAAAGGAAAAUCUUCCAAGCUUCGUAGUAACUACUUGUGGGCAGCGGUGGCCAAUCAAUUGGGCUCAAAAGCUCACAAAACCAACCCCACACCCUUGACUCUCUCUCUCUCUCUCAUUGUUGAAAAAUGGGUGAUGGAAAAUAAAAAUUUAAUUUUGCAGUGACGGGUUUUGUGGACGAUUAAUAGCCUGAACAAGGACGCUCGAUUGUCAAAGCAGAAGCUUCUUAGUCAUGGGUUUCUAUUUCUCUUCUCUCUCUCUCUCUCUCUCUCUCUCUCUCACACACACACAUGUAUUUGUAGCCAAAAUUACUAAUCUUUUUCUACAAAGGUAAAGGCCUAUAUUUUCUUUCAUCCACGAGCAAAUAUAGCUCUAAUGGAAGAAAACAGGGCUUUUUAGAUAGAGAGAGAAAGAGAGAAAGCGACAGAGGGAGAGAGUUGUAUGUCAAAGAGAAAAAAAAGCUUUAAAUGCGAGUUGGUUGAUGUGGUUUUCCCGUCUUCUAUCUCUUCUCUUAAGGACUAAGCAUACCUAUCCCUUCUUUUAUAUAUACACGCAGAUAUUGGUGACCUCUUUAAAGGGUUUAAAUUUCAUUGCUUUAAGAUCAACAACAUCCAGCUACAAAGGCUUUUAUAAACCCAACAGUUUCUGACCCAACAAUGGAUUUUAUUGCACACCCAUCUCGGUUUUCUUCAUCUUCUUCGUUUUCAUUUGGGAAUUUCUUUGAGAGGAUCAAGGAAUUUUGCAACUUUGCGGUCUCUGCGAUUCUUGGGAACAUUUUCUCUGCGAUCUUCACCUUCUUCUUUGCAUUAGUGGGCACCAUGUUAGGAGCUAUGACUGGAGCUUUGAUAGGCCAAGAGACUGAGAGUGGAUUUGUAAGAGGGGCUGCUGUUGGAGCAAUAUCAGGAGCUGUUUUCUCUAUCGAAGUGUUUGAAUCUUCCCUUAUUCUUUGGCAAUCAGAUGAGUCCGGAAUUGGGUGUCUUCUUUAUUUGAUUGAUGUCAUUGCAAGUCUCCUAAGUGGUAGACUAGUCCGUGAGCGGAUCGGUCCAGCCAUGUUAAGUGCAGUGCAAAGUCAGAUGGGUGCAGUUGAAUCAAGCUUUGAUGAGAUCCCCAAUAUCUUUGACACUGGUGGGUCCAAAGGGUUGCCUGGAGAUUCAGUUGAAAAGAUCCCAAAGAUCAUUAUUACUAGCAACAAUAAUGUGGAUGCUUCUGGGGAGAAAGUCUCUUGUUCAGUUUGCCUUCAGGACUUUCAGCUUGGAGAGACAGUUAGAAGUUUGCCCCACUGCCAUCACAUGUUUCAUCUACCUUGUAUAGAUAAGUGGCUCCUGCGGCAUGGUUCAUGCCCACUAUGCAGAAGGGAUCUGUGAUCUGUGAUGUGUCUGUAAAUUACCAAAUGAGUAAAGUUCUUUUACUGAUCAUACAAAUUUUGUACCCUUUUUUCAUCUGUAUUGUUGGUUACCAGGCUGCUCCAGUAGUUUCAUGCUCAACACUGUGAGUUGAUGUAUAAAUUUUUUGAUUUUAUGAUAGUUUUUAUUGCACAGCUACCCCUACUUUCACAGCACCACAUUUACUCUUUUGUACUGGCAAGGACAAUUGUGCUUUUGGUUGGUUAAUGGUGGCGUGGCAAGGCAUUUAACCUCUAGCCUCAGCCUAGAGGUGGAGGGCCCUGCUUGACAUCAAGGCUCUAUCUGCAAAAACAGAUUCCAUUGAAGAAUUAGAAACGUUUCUCUUUUGGUGAAUUGAAGAAGUAAAGACACUGAAAGAAGAAAUGUAUUUUGAAUCCUGAGUUACUAGUGAUCAGAGGUACUUUUUUCUCCAGCAUAUUGGGAUCCAAUGCCAGAAUUUGUCUGCAGAGAGUAAAAGAUGUUAAUAACUAUUUACAAGGAUAACGUAAAGCUACUUAUCCAGAUUUCCA